AAUGGCGCUUUCUUGGAUGCCAUGAUCAUCUUCCAUAUAGUUUUAACUGGUUUAUUGAACUUAUUGAGUUAUUAGCUCUUCAGUAAAUCUUCUAAAACGCUAAGUGUUACUGUUUCACUUUUUACAACACUAUUUUGUUAGGACAGUUGGUCUCGGGUUAACGUUCAUAGUUCCUGUUCAAAAUGUCAAAAGCUACAAAGCGUAAGCAUGUAAUGAAAGAGGUGGAAGAAGACAUGAAUGUCCCCACUGAAACACAGACAAUAGUCCAAAUACUCGAGUCAAGAGGGAACAAUCUCCAUGAAGUUACUGACUUCAGCGGCGAACGUUACUUGGUUUCAAUGCCCACGAAAUUUCGCAAGAAUAUCUGGAUCAAAAGAGGAGAUUAUGUGCUGGUGGAACCAAUAUCGGAAGGUGAUAAAGUUAAAGCUGAAAUAGUCCGAAUAUUGACGCGGAAUCAUAUAAAGUACUACCGUUCGCAGAAUUGUUGGCCGAAGGAAUUUUCGGAAAAACAGGAAAAGGAAAAAGAGAAGGAAGAUGACGAUCUUUUUGUAAACCCCAACAGAAGACCUCAAAAUCACGACACUACGGAAACCGAGAGCGACAGCAGUUCGGAUACGUCGGAUUCCGAUUAACAAUCGAUUAUAAUCAUAGACGCAUACGUAAUAUUUAUCUGUCCAAGUGCCCCUUUGCCAGGAACGUAAGACCGCUGAACUCUUGUUCGUGUAAUUAAAGUGUAAAUAUUUUUCAAGUAAAUUUUUGCCAAGUAUCUUUUUUCUCGCAAUUUUGUAUCAACUACUAGUAUUUAUUCAACGUCGAUAAUAGUGUAAUAACGACUUAGGGCAUAUUCACUUACUAACACGAUGCUAUGAUAUCGUGUAAUUCUGUGAGACAAAGUAUACUUAUCAUUGAAUAACGAGCACACCCCGUGAUUGGUUGUCUACACAUGUUCCUUUGCGACAAAAUGGAUGUAAAGACAUGACAAGGGACUUUGAUACUGACCAGGUCGAUACCGAAUUGAUUGGUAUAAAUUUACAAUGCACUUAAGAUCCAAACGAUAAAUAAUUGAAUAAACGUAUUUUUAUAUUUCACUUUUACCGACCAACAUUCAGUUAACUCCUGGUAGGCCAUGCUUUUCAACAUUUUUGGAAUGAUGGAUCCUAGACACACGAAAAGAAAGCCCAUUAAAGUAAAAAUCAAUUCUGUACAUGAUUUAUUCUUAACAAUUAUAACAUAGUUUCGAUACAUUUAACAUGAUGUUUCGGGCUGUUUAGUUCACUGAAUUUCCGUACGCGUAUAGCGCCAGAUGCGCGUCAAAGAAGCGAUUCUUAUUUCAAGGAAUGAGCUGUUUUUGUAUUUGAUAGGAAGUGGUUUUCAAUCGGUAAAACUUUUUAAAAUUCCAAUACAGCAUUUUUAUUGUUUCAAAUACGAAUAUAAUUUUGAAUGUACGAAUGUAAUUUUAGUCGUCACCCUGAUUAUGAGAUACCAUUCUUAACUUCUCUGAAACAACAUGCUUAGGGAAUAAACAAUUAUUUCACAAGGUAUAUUAAGUUUCGUUUUAAACUUAAGAUAUGUAAUUACUUCCUAUUAAUUGUUAUUAUCAACAACUGUUAAUAAAUAGUACCUAAGGGUUACAAAA